UAUGCCAUAGGUCUCCGUCUCAGUAUAAAAGCCGGUGCUCUGAUGUCUCGACCCUCUUUCAGGCUCAGAAGCACACACGCUUCAUCAUGGUGUUUAGAGUAGCAGUGAUCGGAGCGGGCCCCUCAGGUCUGACCAGCAUCAAGGCGUGUCUAGAUGAGGGCUUGGAGCCAACCUGCUUUGAAAGCAGUGAUGACAUGGGUGGUCUGUGGAAGUUCAAGGCAAUUUCAGAGCCCAACAGGGCCAGUAUCUAUCGUUCCCUCACCAUCAAUAUCUGGAAGGAGAUGAUGUGCUACAGCGACUUCCCCAUCCCUGCUGAUUAUCCCAACUACAUGCACCACUCUAAAAUCCUGAAAUAUUUCAGGAUGUACGCAGAGCACUUCAAAUUACUUGAACACAUUCGCUUUCAGACCUCAGUGAAGAAAGUCACACAGAGACCAGAUUUCUCUCGCACUGGUCAGUGGGAGGUGGUCACAGAGAAUAAAGACGGACUAGAGGAGAGACACAUCUUUGAAGCAGUUAUCUGCUGCUCUGGUCACUUCAAUUAUCCUAACCUGCCACUCAAAGACUUCCCAGGAAUUGAGACAUUUGAAGGACACUACUUCCACAGCUGGGACUACAAAGGACCUGAGGACAUGCAUGGGAAGAGAGUGGUAGUCAUUGGCAUCGGCAACUCAGGAGGUGACAUCGCUGUGGAGGGAAGCAGAGUUGCAGAACAGGUGUAUUUGAGCACUCGCAGUGGUGCUUGGGUCAUCCGUCAGGUUUCUGACAAUGGCGAACCAGUGGACAGGUUCAACUCACGAUUUGUACACGUCCUGUUCAAGGUUUUGCCCAUGAGUUUUCUGAACUGGCUGGGUGAGAAAAAGCUCAACGCCAUGUAUGAUCAUGCUAUGUACGGGCUGAAACCAAAACACAGGCUCUUCAGCCAGAUCCCAGUGAUCAAUGAUGACCUUCCUUUCAAGAUUUUGUCUGGGUCAGUCCUCAUUAAACCAAACAUAAGAGAGAUUCGUGGAUCCACCGUGGUGUUUGAUGAUGGCAGCGCUGUGGAAAAUGUGGACACAAUUGUCUUUGCCACAGGGUACAACUAUGACUUCCCAUACUUGCCAAACAAUGCAAUGUACAAGUCAGGCCACCGAGUCGGUCUGUACAAACAUGUUUUUCCUCCAAACCUGGAACAUCCCACUCUGGCCAUUGUAGGUUUUAUCCAUUCUGAUGGAGCCAUCAUGCCACAAGCUGAAAUGCAGGCUCGCUUUGUUGCUCGAGUCUUUGCCGGCCAUAAGAAGCUACCAGCAAACCAGGCUAUGAUCAAGGCUGUGGAAAAGGACACCAAGCAAAUUGAGAAAAGCUAUGUCGUGUCAAAGUUGACACCCCUACAAGUAGACUUUGUUGAGUACAUGGAUGACUUAGCAAAGGAUAUUGGAGUACGGCCCAGUCUCCUCUGGCUCCUCUUCACAGACUUCCCGCUGUUUAAAAGGGUGUUCUGGGGACCUGUCACUGCAUACCAGUACCGACUAAUGGGACCGGGGAAGUGGAUAGGGGCACGAAAGGCCAUCUUCACUCAGUUGGACCGCAUGUACCAGCCGCUAAAAACCCGAAAGCUGACGAUCAAUCAGAGUUCAACCACAGGUCGUCUCAUCAAGCUGAGUUUGAUCGUCAUGACUGGAGGUGCUGCUCUGUAUUACUUUCACGUGCACAACCCAACCACCAUCCCUAUCCUGAUGUCCAAGUUUCAUCUACAAACAGUCUAAAUGAAACCGUACUUACUGGCUGUUUUAUGUAACUGGCCAAGUAAGACAUCGGCCACUUAUUCCCAGUAGUUCUAACUGCUAUGGCUUUGUGAAGCUUUUUAGUUUACUGGAAAAGUGUAACAUUGGACGAAACCUUCAAUUUAACACAAUUUGACCUAAAAUAACCGUUUGUAUUUUAAAGUGCUGUAACCAGUUUUACUGAUUAAAAGCAAGUCAGAUUUGGGCAUUAUAAUCACCUUUCUAUACAGUGAAGAUGUGUUUGCCAUAUUUUCACUAUAAAACUAAAACACAGUUUCACAAUAAAAACAGUAUUGUGAAUGUUUUAAUAGAAAAAUAAGCUUUUUACCAUCUGAACACAUUCUUUGAAGCUGGUUAUAAGCUAUGCAUUUUGCAUAUACAAGCUUUUUAUUUUCUCAUUUUUCAAAAUUAUGUUUGUUUCUUCCCACAGUAUAGCAGCAGGUAACUUAUAGUAAAUGUAUCAACUAGUAAAGCAUGUUAGUGUUUUAUGAAGUUGUGUUGAAGUUGCACAAAUUAAUCCUUCCAGUUUGUAUAUACUAUUAUAUGAGAUCAAAUAUAAAUAGUGAAAAAAUGAAUAAAAUAAUUGUUUAACUAA